AUGGUAGAAUUAUACGAUCGGCAAAAGGAUAAAGUUGAGUCAACCAAUCAGCCUAAACUAUACAGAGCUGCAAUGGAAGGGAAUUGGAAAGACGCUAAAGCCAUCUUUGAUAUUGACAGAAAGGCCAAGACAAGAAAAAUCUCCAACCUGGGCAUGACUGCCCUUCAUGUGGCGGCGAGCUGUGGCCAGUCAGAGUUUGUGGUGGAAAUGGUCAAGAAACUAAGUAAGAAGCAGCUUGAAGGCAGAGACACACAUGGCUGCACUGCUCUGCAAAUGUGGGGGCUGCCAAAGCAAUGGUGGAGAAGAACUCAGAUUUGCCUCACCUUGGGGAAACCUAUAACCCAUUUGCUGCUAAAUGGCGACAUCCCUCAGACGACAAGAAAAUGGUGGAUUAUCUCCACCAAGUUACUGAGGACAAAGAACCUUGUUAUCCCUUCACGGGUUAUUCAUCUGCUGAUCUCAUUGUGGCAAUCAUUUCUUCGGGGUCCUAUGAUACAGCUUUGA